GUCUUUCUUGCCAUGAUAAGCAUUCCAAUUGUGCGUUAUUUUUCUGGAUUCAGUCAUCUUCAGCCUCUGUUAGUGUGAACUACUGUAUAAGUCGUUAAAAUUCUAUCAAUUAAAUCACAAUGAGGAUUCUCAGCGCAGCAUUGCUGAUUCUUUCUUCAUUUUCGUCUCAUUCACUUUGUUUUGAUUUAAAAUGUGUUGAUCCCUCGACUGUACGAUGCGUUGUUUCUGAUGUAAUAAUCACCAGUCCUAAUAAUCUAAUAACUUCUAUUAAUGGAAACACUGAUCCAGACCUAGUGUACACCGAAUUGACAAUCAACAGUCAAAAUGUUAAGUUUAUGCCGACGAACAUUGCUAAAUUUUUUCCCAAACUUGAAAAAUUGGAGAUUUCGAAUUCAAGUUUGGAAUGGAUUGAACAAGCGAAUAUCAAAGAACUCACAAGCCUUAGGACACUGAAUUUGAACAACAACAACCUCAGACUUUUUGAAGAAGGUCUGUUCGACUUCAACACCAAAUUGGAAAUUAUAAGCGUUCGAGAAAAUAAUUUGAACUUUGUGCAUCAGGAAAUCUUCUACAAACUAAGUAAAUUGCAAUCAAUUGAUUUAGAACAGAAUUUAUGUACAACAUCGAUGAAUAGUGGUAAUAAUGAUUAUGAUUAUCAUUACAAUUACAAUCGAAGACACAGGACGACAUAUUUUAAGCAGGACCCCUACGCUCACAGGGACUCAGUGUUAAACUUUCUGCAAUCUCAUUGCCAAUCUUGGGAAACCGCAUACAACAUUUACAUGACACUGUCUAAAAGUUGGAUCAAUCGUUUAAAAUCGGAAAACGAAAAAGUGAUAGAGGGAUUAACACACCAAUUAAAAACCUGCGACGGAAAUUUGGACGCAGCGCUGACUAAUUAUCACCAACAAAAAAUAAUGGGCUCGUCCAUAGUCUCCAUGACUAUGCCCAACGAUUUACCAGUAAUCAACCUGAGCUGUGAGAAUGAGUCCUGUGUCGCUGUCGACUUUAAAGUUUCUUUCGCGAACACGUCAAUUGAUAGCGAACUUUAUAAGGAGCAAACAAUCAAGUCUCUCAAAAUUUACCAACAGCAGACCUUGUUUUUGCCGCAAAACUUAGAUGAACAUUUUUCGCAACUAAACGAAUUGUCGGUGACCGAAAGUGGACUGUAUGAAAUAGAAUUCAAUGUUUUUGUAGGACUAAACUUGUCCUUAUUGAACUUGACCAACAAUAAAAUACCCGAAAUUCCAGUCGAUACUUUCGCAGACCUGAACAACCUGCAAGUACUCGAUCUGUCAUUUAACAAAAUCCAUUCACUUUUCGACGAUGUCUUUGCGAGUCUAAAGAGUCUUCAGCAACUUUAUCUGAACCACAAUUACCUAACUUCCAUUCAAAUUGAAGUAGUGAGAAAUCUGGAAAGUCUUAGAGGCCUGUAUUUGCAAGGCAACCGAUUAAAAUUUAUCAGUGCAACUCUACUGACACCAUUAACUUACUUGAAAUCAGUUGAUCUCACAGGUAAUGCAUGCAUAAAUAUGAAUCACCCGACAUCGUCUUUGGUGGACAUCGAGGCAACAAUUAUCGACAAUUGCAUUGAACCGGUUGAAUUAAGCUGCAAGUCUUACCGCAUUGAAACGAGCGAAAACGUUGAAAAUACCAGUUACUGUAGUGUUGACAGCCUGUUGAUCGAGUACCCAAAAACGAAAAUUUCAAUGCUACGAAAUAAUAAACAGGAAAUGAACAAUAGUGAACCGAGCUUACACGUUAAAAUCUUCGUCGUCGACAGCCAGUCAAUCAAAUUUUUACCGUUUCAACUAUCACAGCAUUUCCCGAAUCUUGAACGAAUUGAAAUCCUAAAAUCAAAUCUAACAACUCUACAUUUAAUGGACUUCGAUGGAUUCCUGGAAUUGUCUGAAAUCGUCAUCAACAAUAAUAACCUCUCAUCGAUCAGCGAAGGUACUUUUGAUACAGUUCCUCAACUAGAACUAUUGGAUUUAUCGUCGAAUGGCAUCACGAUAUUACCGAAGCAUAUCUUUGUAAAAUUAACUCGUUUGCACACACUCAUCCUGUCACACAAUCAGAUCGUCAGAUUUAUGGCCGAUUUAUUGCCACGAAGAAAUGUGAUCGAGACAUUCCGCGCGGACAACAACCAACUUGAAUUCAUCGAGACAAGAACUAUCCGGUUCCUACGGAAAGCUAAACUAAUCGAUUUGACCGGAAACGUUUGCAUCGACAUGCAGUUUGCUAAGACCGAAAACAGAACAAGAGCUUUGGUGGAACUAUCGGGAGAAAUUGACCUGAAUUGUUCGGCCGACGAUUUAUACGAGUGAUACCAAAACUUUUGUUUCAACCAUGAUUCUCUUAACUGAAAGUGAUUUUUGAAAAUGUUCUAUUUAAAUUCGUAAAAAAGUUAAAUACAGAAAACGUUCGUAACGCUUGUU